UGGAGGGAGAAUGUGAUUCCUACAUUGAAUGCCGGGACUAUCUCUCGACUGAAAUGCUAUGUCCAGAUGGUCUUCAUUUCAACCCUAACGCGCAGUGGCCGGAGUAUGCUUGCGGUUAUCCUCAGGAUGUGCCUUGCGUAGGUCGUGGCAUUACCCAGCCAGCGAAUCCUACAGCUGACUGCGCACAUCAAUACGGAUACUUUCCAUCUCCCGUGGCUAAGCCAAAUGACUGUGGACAUUAUCGCAUUUGUAACGCCGGCAGAGCCAUUGAAAUGCAUUGCCCUACUGGCUUAGCAUUUAACCCUGUUACUGCCCAAUGCGACUGGCCUGAACUGGUGCCUACCUGCGAUGUUGAAACUUUCGUUGGGUAUCAGUGUCCUCCAGCUGCGAUUGACCGAAAUGGCAACCCAGUAGUAACAAACCAUAAGUAUGAAGGCGAUUGCUCUGCUUUCUACUCGUGUAUGAACGGGCACGCCCGCAUCCUGUCCUGCGAUACUGGAUUGGCGUUUAACCCCGUCACCAGUCGUUGCGAAGACGCCGAUCGCGUUCAAUGCGAAGCGAAGUCUAUUGCCAAAUAUUACUAA